AUGCAAGAACGACACCAGCCGCGGAGGCGCGAUGCACCCUCAACAAUGUUCUCGCGUCGCGACAGAUCUCGCAGUCCGAGGAAUGGCACUCCGCACGAAGACUCUCGACGGUCUCGCUCUCCGAUCCAUCGCCGCUCGCCGACCCCAGAAGAACCUCGGCAACGCAAACGACCUGGCGGUGGAUCUCGCAUGGGCGCGAGCAGGGGCGCAGAUGUCUUGCGCAGACAAGAGGAGCGUGAGCGCGAGCAAGAAAUGGAUGCCUUGCGCCAAUCUACACAACGAGGUGGGCUGGACUACGUUCGGAAUCAUUACAAUGCCGUUCCGCAGCGCGGUCGUGAAUGGCGGAAAACGGACAGCAAGAUCAAGGGGCUGCGCAGCUUCAACAAUUGGGUGAAAAGUACUCUGAUUCAGAAAUUUUCUCCUUCGGAGGAAUUUGUGGCUCAGCACAACGAUAGCAAGGACUGGGCUGAAGACAGCAUGGGCCCGCCUAUGUCGGAAGUAAAGCCAUUGCUUGUCUUGGAUAUGGGCUGCGGCAAGGGCGGUGAUCUGGGCAAGUGGGCGCAGACUCCCCAGCCGGUGGAACUCUAUGUCGGACUUGACCCGGCCAAUGUCUCUAUUGAACAGGCGCGGGAUCGGUACAGUCAGAUGCUACGUCAGCGAGGUCGUCGGCCUCAAUUCCAUGGCGAAUUCUUCACGAAGGAUUGCUUCGGAGAGUUCCUUGGCGAUGUCCCGAUCGUCCAGCAAGUCGGCAUUGACCCCAAUGCUGGUCCGGGUGGCUCCAUGAUGGCCUCGAGAUGGGGCGGCGGUGGCUUCGACGUUGUUACAUCCAUGUUCGCCAUUCACUACGCAUUUGAGACGGAAGAGAAGGCGCGUCAGAUGCUUAGCAAUGUUGCCGGCUGUUUGAAGAAGGGCGGCCGGUUCAUUGCUGUAUGCCCGAACUCCGACGUGAUUGCCAGCAAGGUCAGCGCAUGGCACAAGCAGCGCAAAGAGCGCGAGGCUGCCAAGGCUGCCGAGACUGAAGCCCCUGAGGAUGGUGAGGUUGAGGAGGAUGACCGUACUGAAUGGGGUAACGAAAUCUACCGAGUUCGAUUCCCUGGCAAGACCCCCGAGGACGGGAUUUUCCGCCCGCCUUUUGGAUGGAAAUACACGUACUUCAUGCAGGAGGCUGUCGAGGAGGUCCCUGAAUUUGUUGUGCCUUGGGAGGCUUUCCGAGCCCUGACCGAAGACUACAACCUGGAACUCCAGUAUCGCAAGCCGUUCCUGGACAUCUGGGAGGAAGAGAAGGACGACCGUGAAUUGGGACCUCUCAGUGAACGUAUGGGCGUUCGCAACCGCGCGACAGGGGAAUUGAAUAUGACCGAAGAAGAGAAGGAUGCCGUUACUCUCACCAUGCCCUCCACAAUCCCGCCACGCAACCGAACACUCAGUCGGCCCACCCCGCGGGCAGCAGAGAUCCCCGAUCUACCAGAAUAUGAGCCUCCAGAGGCCCCCCUCACGGCAGAAAGCCAUCGUCAAUUAUUAAUGCUUAUGGAAUCGCAACUCUCCCGACAACUCAAGACCCACCUGCAACACGCGGCCGAGAAACUUACCGACUCUGCAGGUGACGUGAAUGAAAAGUUAAGCGACGCGCGGGUACGAUACGAGCGGGCGAAAGAAAAGCGACGCGGUGCCACGGACAGUGAGAAGGUGGAUAUUGAACAAGAUAACGAGAACGAAGAGUACCAGCGGUUAGCGGAGAUGGAGAGAAAAGUCGAUGAUGGACUGAAAGAUGCGAUGGAGACUCUGAAUCAAGAAGUGACUGAGGCUCAGCGUGCUGCACUCGGGGUUCGACAGACGCGUGGUCAGCGACGGCGUCAAAGAGAAGCUGCGAGCGAUGAUGAGGAUGCCGAGGAUGAGGAUGAUGGAGAUUACGAGGGUACGCCAGAGCGAGAAACGAGGGAAGCGAACGCGCAGAAUCCGCCCAGUCAUCGAUUGUGCAAUGCACUGGACGAGGGAACAGAAAAGUGGAACAGUCAAUCGUUAACGGCACGGUAUGCGGGUAACAAUAACUAUAUUGGUUUCUACCGCAUUGUACACGACUCGAAAUUCCCAGGGGACGAAGUACCACCCCCCCCGAACGCAUCUACAUGGUUUUCACAUCUGGAAGACCCCAACGCGAACGCAGACACCGCAGGUAGUCCUUCAAAUCGCCGCACGCGCAACCGGCGUGAACCCUCACCUGCAGACUCAGAUGACAUCGCUAUCGAGAGGGAGCGCAUUUCAUUGAAGUGCCCCCUCACACUCCAACCAUUCCGAGACCCCGUUACGAGCACGAAAUGUCCCCAUAGCUUCGAGCGCGAAGCCAUUCAGGAUAUGAUCUCUCGCAGCAGCUUGCAAAUUCCACCUCCGCCAGGGCGAGCUGGGCGCCGCAUCCGGGCAGUCAAAUGCCCGGUGUGUUCCGUUCCACUCUGCAAUGAUGACCUCAGAUCAGACCCUGUUCUACUUCGUAAGGUGCGCCGUGCGGAGGAGUUAUUGGCGCGCCAGGCGGAUGACGAGCUGGAGGGAUCGCAGUCUCAGCAGGAUCACCUUGGCCCAGUGACGCUGGCAAGCGACGCAAUUGAUGCGGACGAGAUGGACGUGGACGUCGAUGUGGACGAGGACGAGGAGGUGGAUGAGGAUAUGAAGGUGCGGGUAAAGUCGGAGCCUAUUCCCACGCAGAACAAUGGUGAUACGGACGAGUCAUCAGAAGAGUCCGAGUCGGAGUAG